AUGGUGGCUACUGCGUCAUCCCAUAUCAUUCCGGAGCCGAUAUACGGCUCCCCUUCCCCUGGCUUCAUCGAACGGCGUCAGCAACUCGACCUGCCAUCCGAGUCUUUUUCGCAUUCCUGGUCGAGCGGAAGUGCGUUUCAAGUUGCACCCGAUUUCGCUGAUGCACACACAUCCAUUCGUUAUUCGCCUUAUACUGUCAAGUCGCAGAGGCCGAUUAACACUCAGGACAUCACGGGGUCCGAUACCCCUGCUUCACCCAUUUCCCUAUCCCGUUCCAAGCGUUCCUCGACAUCCCCUUCCCCUGGGCCAUUAACUCCGGCCAUCGGACAAAUCUCCCUUCAGACUGAGUUAUCCACUGUUGGCCUUGAGUCGCGACCAACGUCUUCCAGUUCAUCUCGAAAUUUGUAUAGUCGAAACGAAGAAGUUGACCCCGAUCGCCCAUACCCUUGUAGCUCCUGUCGAAUGGCCUUUGCUCGCCAGCAUGACCUAACACGCCACUCUCGUGUUCACAGCGGAGAAACGCCAUACUAUUGUCACGGAUGCCGACAGGGCUUCCGUCGCUCUGACGCACGCUCGCGGCAUUGGGGAAAGGACGCCCAGUGCCUAGCUCUUCAUCAACAAUUAGUUGAAGGGACAGAGGAGGGGCGAAAGCUUCAGAAGAGCUUGUUACGCUUAGGUGACAAAGUUGGUCGAGUGGGAACUGCUAGCUUCCGCGUGCACAAACCCCCAACGCGCUCCAUGCGCGGUACUGGCUCACAUCCAUGA